AUGUUUCUUUUAUUUUUUCUCUCUUUUCUUUUCUUUUUCUAUAUCUCCCAUUCGUUUCUCUUUCUUUCUUUCUUAUAUCUCUCGUUUUAUAUAUCUGCUUUUCUUCUUUCCUUUUUCUCUUUUUUCAUUAAUUUUUCUAAUUUAUCUCUUUGUAUAUUGUACGUUUCUCUCUCAAUCUCUCUCCCUUUAUUGAUAUUCCGCUCUCUUUUUAUCAACUUUUCAUUCUUGAUUCUGUAUAUUCCUCAACUUAACUCCUUUGAACUCUAUCUUUCUAAAUAUAUGCCUUUCUCUCUCUCUCUCAAUUUUACCUCUCCCCUAACAGAUCUUUAUAUCACUCUUUCUAUCUAUCGCAUUAGCUUAUCUAUCUAUCUAUCUAUCUAUCUAUCUAUCACACUGUCUUUAUUAUCUAUCUCUAAUAUUUAUCGACCAUCGUAUCCUUUCUUCAUAUCUUCAUCUUUCUUUCACUUCCUUUCCGCAUCUAUCUAUCUAUCUAUCUAUCUAUCUCAUUCUGUUUAUCUAUCUAUCUAUCUAUCUAUCUAUCUAUCUCAUUCUGUUUGUCUAUCUAUCUAUCUAUCUAUCUCAUUCUGUUUAUCUAUCUAUCUCAUUCUGUUUAUUAUUUAUCUCAUUCUCUUUAUCUAUCUAUCUAUCUAUCUUAUUCUCUUUAUCUGUUUAUCUAUCUCAUUCUCUUUAUUAUCUAUCACAUUCUCUUUAUCUACCUAUCUAUCUAUUUAUCUAUCUAUCUAUCUCAUUCGGUUGAAUAACUUUUCAGUCCGUUCUCUCUUCUCUCGCCCUUGCCUUCUCACACUCUCUCCCCACUGUGACACUCUCAUGCACUAUUGCUUUUUCUCUUUAAACUCUCCCUCUCAUUGUGCAUUCGUUUUUCUCCCCCAUUCUUCUCUCCCUCUAUUUUUCUCUCUCUUUUUCUCUCUCUCUCUCUUCUCUCCUUCCUCCCCCCAUCUCACUUCCUCUCUAUCUAUAUUGUUUUUCACAUUUCUCUCUUUUUAUCUUUCUAUCGAUUCAAUUUUGUUUCUUAUCUACAUGCUAUUCUUUCUUCUUCUGUUUAUCUUUCGAUCACUCAUUUUACAAUAUCUGUUCUCGCUUUAUUUACCUCCUCUCUCUCUCUCUCUCUAA